AUGCGCCUUAUUUGGAAACGUGCCGCCGUCAAUCUCAACGACAAGCUCGACCCAUGUUCCGACGUGUCGCCACGCAUCAAGCGCCAGAUUGCUUUACUCAAGCAAAACGGAGACCACCCGAUCUCCGAAGGUAAAGCACCGCUAACGCUCGAUGGUAAGCUGUACUUGGAUUGA